CAUACUGAGCGAGAUAGAAUACAUACAUGUAUUUUAGAGUUGCAGAAAUGUUGUUUUCAUUUGCGUUAUGUCUCAUUUUAAAUGGAGUGUUUGGAGAAGUACAAAAUAAUGAGCAAAAACGACUACUCUUACACAGUGAUACGGAUAUAGCUACAGAGAUUUUGACAUUGAAAAGUCAGUUUAAUGUACAGGCCUCGGAAAUUAAAGCACAGGCUUUGGAAAUUAAAGCACAGGCAUCGGAAAUAAACAGCCUUAAACAACAGCUGUACGCAUACGAACAUUCUGGAAAAGGGUCAUCAUAUGUUCGAUGGGGUCGGACAAUUUGUCCUGGAAAUGGAUCAUCUGUGUUAUACAAAGGAUUCAUGAGCGGUACAUUCAUACCAAAUAAUCAUCAAAGUGGUGUAGGAUCAGGUGCUAACUUCUUGUGUCUUCCAGAAAUUCCUUUAUGGGACCAUUAUACGAAUACCAAAGACAAUGGUAUUUCGAUAACAGGCGUUGAAUACGCCUUUGACCCACAUACAUCAGAUGCCGAUCAAAUACAAUUCUUCGGAUCUGCACUUGGAUACAGUGAAGCUCCUUGUGUAACCUGUCAUAUCAACCGUGGAUCAAACAUUAUGAUUCCUGGUAGAACCGAAUGCUUUGGCGGAUGGACAAAGGAAUACAGUGGAUAUUUGGUAGCUGGUUACCCGCGGUAUGCAGAUUCAACAGAAUACAUUUGUUUAGAUAGAAGACCUGAAGUAGUUGCACACAGCGGAAACUACCACGGAGAAAACAGUUUGUUUUUCGUAGAAAGCCAUUGUGGCGGGACGCUGGCUUGUCCUCCAUACGUCGACGGCCGAGAACUUUCAUGUGUGGUUUGUUCAAUUUGAUUUGAAAUUGUAAAUGAAGUUUUAUUAUUAUCGGCCAACAAUUUGACUCAUUUUAACAAAUAAACGCAAUGCUUA